AAGCGGGGAGCGUCACUCCGGGCGGGACAGAUUAAAAACAGCGAAGCAAACAGCUGAUCUCUGGCGGCCCCUAGCCCCGCAACAUGAGGUUGAAUGAAAAUACUUGUAUCGUGGGGAAAUCCGUGAUUUUGGUCCCGUACAAAGAACACCACGUGCCCAAGUACCACAAUUGGAUGAAGUCUGAGGAAUUGCAACAUCAAACUGGCUCAGAGCCACUGACGCUCCAGGAAGAAUAUGAAAUGCAAAAGAGUUGGCAUUUGGACAACGACAAGUGCACAUUCAUAGUUCUUGAUAAACUGAUGUAUGAAAAUGGCAGAGAUGAAAUUGAUGCCAUGAUAGGAGAUACCAAUUUCUUUUUCUCUGACGACAAUCGACAUCAAGCCGAGGCAGAAAUUAUGAUUGCAGAGGAAGGGGCAAGAGGGAAUAAGAGAGGGUGGGAGGCAAUGCUACUGAUGCUGAGAUAUGGUAUAGAAGAACUCGAUGUAAAAAUCUAUGAAGUGAAGAUAAAAUUGGACAAUGCUGUUAGCAUUAAAAUGUUCACCAAAAUAGGUUUUGUAGAGGUCAGUCGAAGUGAUGUCUUUUCAGAAUGCACCAUGCAGAAAACGGUGGCCCAUGAGUGGGUUGAAUGGGUGAACACAGAAACUAAAUCUUGUAUAAGAUCUGCAUACAGUGAGCUAUUAAAAAAUAUAGAAUAAUCAGU